AUGGCCACCAAGGACGAUGAGACGGAGAUCGACGACGGUAUCGACGGGUCGGACGAGGGCGACGAUGAGGACGUCGAUCUGAACGGGCUGGAGGAUGGGCACCAGCGAAAAGGGGAACGCCCAGCCGGGGUUGAUGGUGGCGGCGGCGAAGAAGAAGAAGAAGACGAUGACGAUGAGGACGAUGAGGACGAGGACGACGAAAGGACACACGAACAACGCGAGUUACUGUUGCACCGGCGGAACGAGCGGAAUGUCCGUGCCGUUGCUGCAGCCAUGGUUGCAGGAGCCGGCAUUGUUGCAGCGGGUAAUGGUGGGACGACCGGAGGAAUGGUGGGAGGAGUGACCACCGUCGUUGGAGGUGUUGGACGGUACAAACACCCCAGCUACGUCGAGGUGGAGGAGGACGAACAGGACGACGACAUUAUCGUGAUCGUUGACGAGGACGGCACCGGGCUGAACGGGGUGGACGGAGGUGGCGAUGGCGCUGGCGGCGGCGGCGGCGGCGUAGGUGGUGGUACUGGUGGUAUCGUUGGCGGUGUUGGUGGUAGUAAUGGCAUUAGCGAUGAGCUGUAUCUAAAACUAAGAGAAAUGGAUGACGAAGGAAUCGCCGAGUCCGGAAUGUAAGCCAACUCACAUCGCCCACGGCGCACCACCGCCAUUGUAUUUCCUCGACACAAGUGCGAACAAACCGAGUAGAAAACGUGAAGCGCCAUCCCGAUCAGAACAGAACCGCUGAGGAGAGAACCGACGAACGUGUCGUGGGUGUAAUUGUAAUUAAUACUUAAUCCUUUUUUUUGCCACGGGCAGCUAAAAGGGCAGCUUCGUCGGAACGGAUACGUAGAAUUAAGUGACACAAGAUUAGGGCAGCUACAAAAAAAUGGUAGCAGCAUGUGCAACCCCGUACAACGGUUAAGGACCUUCGUGUAACAGAGAGAGAGUGGCAAUCUCAAUUCGCAAUAAUCCCCCCUCCCCACGUAUCCUUACGGGACAUUAAUGCUUCGUUGAUGUAUUGCAGACGGGGCAUGCAAAUAAACAAGAGAAGAAAAAACGAAAAACAAAAUGGUGGCCAUAAACCAUUUCAUCCGGUGCUAGUGUGCUAUUGUGUAAAUGUAUAGUAAUUGGCGGUUUUUAAUUAAAAUAUUUCUCAAACAUUACUAAGCUAAAAUCUCUCCUCGAGCGGUAGCGACGGUGAUCGUAACAUCGUAAAUUAUAUUAUGCAAUUGGUAGUAAAAAAAAAAAGAAAAUAGCCAAACAAGAGCGUGCGCGUUCCCCCGCGAUCCAAUUCCACUAGUACGGCAGCGUCUCGCGAAGUAACGCCACCCCGGAAGCAACGGCUCGCACAUUUACUUAUCGUAUAGAGUAUAUCAGGGGAGGGACCGAAACGGUAGUUUAGCGCGUUAAUCAUCUCCUGUCCCAGUGGCGAACGGAAUCCUUCGGCAAUCCUGACCGCGGUCGGUCAAACGGGAGCGCAAAUAUAGGCAAAAAGCGGGCGCAAUCUAAAAUCCGAAUAACGAAUACGGUGUACGAAAACACAAUACGGGCUUUUUUUUGUGUACGGAAAGCGAUAAACUCUUACUCUCAAUAAUCAAAAAGCAAAAUCAUACUUAGUCACCAAGGCGCGAAACACGGUGUGCUGCACACGAUUUCGGUGGAAAACGAAAUUUAAAGCUAAACGAAGUAAAGCAAACAAAAAAAAGUCAUCGAGAAACAUCCUUCCGCGGUUGUUGCAUGCGCGAAACGAAACGUAAAUUCGCUUAGAACGGUGUGUCCCAAACCAACUCUGUAGUAUAUCUGUGUAGCUAUGUAAACGGCCAACGGGUGCAAGUAUUUAAUAGCGAGUAAAGGAAGCGACUCUGAAACCGAAACGCAGCAGCAGCUUUUGGGGGAGAAAAAUUUGGUUGAAAACGGAAUCAGUGCUCUCGUAUUCUCAUGCUCAUACAAACGAAUCUCCCACGGCCACAAUGGGGAAAAGGACGAAGAAGAAAAAAACAGGAAUGCGCGCGCAACUGUAGGUGGCCGAUAGAGGUAUUGUUUUUUUUACGUGUUUUUGUCUUUCUUUCUUCCAGUCCGUUUUGUUUUCGAUUUUUAAUCAAUUCCCGUUGUACAUAUUUGUAAGAUGUGGCGCAAGCAAGAGAACGCUCCCCUUGGCAAACAUUUAUUUUACUGCAGUAACUAGUUUCUAGUGAACGUUUAUAGUGAAGGGCGCCCGUUAGUUGUAGCUUUCGGUGUACGAAGCAAUCAAACAUUUGCGACAUUAAAGCGAAACACGAUAAGCAGAUAAGAAGAAGUUCAGAUUGGAGGAGUUUCGAAGCUCUCGAUAAAGCUCCGUCUUGUACGCAUUACCGAGGUGAAUGAAUGUUACUUUCUUUCGAUCCGUGAUAUCGUGUCCGGUAUGCGCGUUGAAUUACACGUUUGUAAGCAUCGAUAGGGAUUCGAUAGAGAUAGGAAUUCGGAUUUUGGUUGUUUUGUCACGAUCCACCUUCGAAACACAGUCACACAUACACGCUACUCAUCUAAACACACCUGAGAAAGACUAUAAGCUGAACGCCGUAGUGAGGCCACCGCCAAACGAAUACGUCCCACAUAGGAAAAAAAAGAACCCCCCCGAGUUCGAGGACCACACACUAUUUUGCUCCGUUUUACUUUUGAGAUACACAUACCCCACCGCCUUUUGAAAGGGCUCCGGUAGCGGUUUAGAAAGAUCUGGCAGCCAUUGCGAGAAGGGCAGAUUUUAACUAACUAUACAAGCAAACAUUUCCACCAUCACCCAACACACACACGCACACAUACACCCGUUUACAAAGCGAACCCUAGAGAGUAAACCCCGUAAUUCAACCUACCGAUUUAGAUACGCCGUACGAAACGAUGUACUGGCGGGAGAGAAAGAGAGACCCUCGAUUUAAUCAUGCUUCCCCGUGUACACGUUUUACAGUUUUAAACAGUGGUGUAACGAUGAACAACACAUGAAAACGUCAUAUCAAUUACUCCAAGAUAUAAAAAAGAAAAACGAACAAUAU